AUGUGGGUGUCCUAUUUAAAACUAAAGGUUAGAUAUUGUGAUGAAUUACUAUAAUAAUUGGUUCGUCACACCGUUGCUAUCAGAACCUCUUUUGAUAACAAUGAAUCGUUACUGUAAUCUGUUUAGAAAAAUAAAACCGUUUGACAGAACAGUUGAAAGUGCCGGUUUUGACGUUUACUUUUUAUACUCAUAUUUUUAAUGUUUUAUAAGGAAAGUACUCGUUUAGUGUAGAUUUUGGUGCGUUAUACUCUUCGUUUGGUAUUUUCAAUGGUGUGGACAUUGCUGAGAGCGUAGUAAUGUCGCAGCCGCGGAUGCGUAAAGUGGCGGGCGGCGGCGAGGCCGCGGUGCGCGCCCGGGCCCCCGCCGCCGCCGCGUCCGGCGACUCCGGCGCCUGCAGCGUCCGCCCCAACCACGAGACUCAGCGAAGCAGGAGCAAGAAUAAGAUACCUAAGAGUGUGCGCUACGAUUUGGAGAAUGCUUUAGUCAGUUUGUGCGACGUGUGGUUUGAGGAGAUCAAGCCUCACCUGCUGCGCAACAACAUAAAGCUGCACGUGCAUGGCAGCGCGGGCGGGGACCACGAGCGGCCGCCGCCCGCGCCGCCCUCGCCGCCCGCGCCGCCGCCCGCCAGCUGCAAACACCUCGACCCAGGUGCUGCCCCCGAUCCUCCUCAGCGCCAGGCUGCGAGCUGUGCCGGCUGCUGUUCAACGCCGCCAACUGCAUCGAGAGCGCCGUGUCGCAGGCCGCCAGCGCCCAGCCGCCCGUCCCGCAUGGCACAGCCACCGUCGUCGUCGCAGAUACACGACUACAUGCAGACUCAAUCUCACAACUGUGAAGUGAAGCAGCUGAAGCGGCCACGCACCCGUAGAAAAAAUCGCAGAUCCCAACCACAGCCCCAGUCGAGCUGGCGAGUGCCACGCCUGUGCCGGACGUACAGCAUUCUGUCCCCGGCCGCCACCGGGAGUCGCAUGAGGAGGAUCGCUUCGCAGCAGCCGCAGCCGCCGCCGCCAGAGCAGCCGCCGACGCGUCAAAACUACCAUCAAUUUACCGUGCCACGUCCUAAAACUGUGAAGAAAAACAAGAAGACUCAGACGGAGCAGGCAGAGCCGCGGCGGUGCGCGAGCGUGGGCUGCCAGUGCGGGGCGCUGGCGCCCGCGCUCUGCAGCUCGCUGCUGGUGCGGCGCCCCGGCGCGCGCAGCCGGGCCGCGCUCGCGCAGGGCCCGCUGCCCCCGCAGGGCCCGCCGGCCCCGCCCCGUCCGCCGCGCCCUGCCAUCUACCGCCUGGCGUCGACGAUACCAACCGCCACUGAGAGUCUCUCCUUGUUUCAGGAUGAUUUAAUAGAUAUUAUAGGAGAUAAACAUGAUAAGAGGUUAAGAUUGUUGUACAGCAGUCCAGAGAAGGAUGAAUUUCCUUCGCUUAUGAACUUGGUUCCUUUGCCCAAAAAAAGACAGAAGAAGCCCGGUGGCUUGAAGAAAUGUCCUCCUUGGAGAUAGGACACGUAAAGUAAGUUAGUAACUAGUAGUGGCCAAGCUCGCUCAUUAUAGAAUAUGCUUUCAAACAAACGUACUUAUACCUGUAUUCCUUUGUAUGCCUGUUACUUAAUUUCAUAGAAGAACACGUUCGUUGUUAUAUUUUAUGUAUUACGUCCUUUAAGCUGUUGAUUAUUGCGUAAUAUUA